AUGCCAAACUUAGUCGAUUUCCCUUUUGAAAUUCUAGUGGAGAUAUGUAGUUACGUUGACAUAUACUCGCUAUACGCUCUGUCAACUACAUGUAAAGAUCUUGUGUUUGUUAUAAAACAUCCUCCAUUUUGGUGUCAUAUUGAAUUCACAAAUCCAGAAGAACGUGGACAAAUACAACGGGAUUUUCUUUGUUCGGCGCAGACCAAACCAAGGAUCCCUCAAAAACUCCUUCGUAUUACCGACGAAUCCAUGCAAAGGUUAUUUAAAAUGUUGCGAAAAAAUCGUUUGGAGGUGAACGUGAUCACUGUAAAUUUGGAUUUCACAUCGGUGACUUCUUCGACAGUUUUGAAACUGAUCGACACAUUGCCAAAUAUCGAAGAAAUUAGUUUACGCGGAUGUCGAAUGAUUUCUCUGAGAGGACUGGGCGAUGACAUUUCCUGGUUUGUGGAUAAAUCAAAAUUAGAAAAAUUAAAAAGAUUGAACGUACUCUGGUGUAAAGACAUGGAUCCAAGAGUAAUCCAAAAAAAAGCGAAUGCGUUAUAUGUUUAUGGUGGUGUUUCUUUCUAUAAGAAUGUAUAUAAGGCGUUUGUAAAUUCUUUUGUUGGCUCGAACACUAAGGAGAAGAUUGAACUUGACAUAGGGAUUUGUAAAAAGUGCCAGGAAAAUAUCGGAUUUACGGUAGAUUGCGCGUCAUGCCAACUUCCAAAAACUUUUUGUAUGAGUUGCGAUCUAAAUUCGGGAUGCUUAGAUUGCUUCCGAUUUUACUGUUGUACCAAGGAUCAUGUCAAAAAAUCUCCAAUAUCACCAAAUUCCUCAUCAUCGGUGACCCUUACUCACCUAGCAACUGAUUCCUUGCUCAAAUACCUAAAUUCGUCGCCCUCUGCCAGUUCUCCAAUCACCGAUGAAAGUAGAUUAAUAUGUAAUCUAUGCUUCGGAGAAUCUUUGAUAUGUGAUACAUGUCCCACAGUGGUUCGACUGUUCCCAUCAUCUUGCCGCUCCUUUGUUUCCUCAACAAUAUGUUUACCUCGAUACCCUAAGAUACUCUACAUCACGGAUAUUUCAACGGCGCUCAUUUUAUUCGAUAAACGAUAUUGA